CUGCCGCCGGCUGGUGUUCAUUGUGCUUUUGGUGCGCAGAAUAGAAAACACUUGGAUGGGUAAAAAUAGUUUCUCGUUCUGGAGUGAUGUUUCAAAAGACAGCUGGGUCAUAAGGACGGGCAAGAUGUUGCGGAGGUAAAACAUAAUCAAUAGUUGGCUUUUACCUUCUGCAUUAGGACAAGUAGAGUAGCAGUCUUCCUCCUCUCCGUUGAAUGAGCAAUGAAGAAGUUGAUGAGGACAGUUCUGCAGCUGUGUUUACUCCUACUGAUGGUGGGAAGACUGCAGGCCAGGGUAACAGCACCAGAGCGUCUUGAAGCUCCUGUGGAGAAGCCGUUCACCCUGACUUGCAGCGUUUCGAGGGAACGAGGUGAGUCCCUGAGGCAGGUACGAUGGCUGGAUGUUCAGAAUCAGACCAUGCUGAGCUACCAGCCCGGCCAUAGAGACAGCGUGAGUGGACAGCAGCAUGUGGAACUCGCCUCCUCCCCAAAAGACAGUUCAGCCAUCACCAUCCGCAGGGUGGGUUUCCGUGAUGAGGGUUGCUACACCUGCAUCUUUGACAUGCAUCCGUCCGGUUCAAAGCAGGGACAGAUCUGCCUCACAGUUACCUCACAAGUCACUGUCGACAGCAACAAGACAGCAGUGAGCGGCAAGAGGGCCGCCCUCUCUUGCUCCUACGGUUUGCCUGAGAAGGUGCAGCAGAUCACAUGGAGACACACUUCUGCACAAGGAGACAUCACAGAUGUGGCCUCCUAUGCAAAGCGGAGCGACCCGAUGAUAGAGCCACCAUACCAGGGGAGAGUUUGGCUAAGUACCUCCCUGUCUGACAGUCAGCUCACCAUCCAACCUGUUGCUAUCCAGGAUGAGGGCUGCUACACCUGCACGUACACCACACAUUCUGAGGGGCAGAAGAGCUCCACGGUUUGCCUCGCCACCUAUGUGCUGCCCAAACCUCAGGUGAGCUACAAGACUACCUCUCCGAGUGUGAUUGAAGCCAACUGCACCUCAGUAUCACGUCCCCCAGCAGAGAUAGUGUGGAACGUGGAGAGGGAUAACCGCACCAUGGGCCCCCCUGUGACGACACAGCUCCCACAGGGCGACGGGACCACUCUGGUCAUCAGCACCCUGACUGUCCAAUCAGGCCUGCUGAAAGACGUGUCCGUCAAAUGCUUGGUGCACCACAAAGGGCUCGAGUCACCGAUUGCUGUAUCCAUGAACACUAAAAUUGGGACGGCUCUCACCAUCCUGAUCUCAGUCACCACUGUGGCAGCCCUGUUGGUUUUGUCCCUCUGCUUCUGCCUUUGGAAGUGUUUUUUGCGCAAAGAAGUUGAUUAACCUUUCAGAUGAAACCAGAAGCUGAAAAGAAGAGGCAGAAUCGUUUCCCUGCAACAUCAUCAUCAUCUUCCUCAUCAUCUUGGUAGAAAGUGAAGUUGAUAUGACACACCUCUUAUAGGAUGUCAAAUACAAUCCUAUUCAUGAGUGCCAAAUGUACAGCGACAUUCAACUCUGCUCUUGUGCCUCUGCACUUGACUCUUACACAGUCUCCAGGUUGUCCUGACAUGGACAUGACGUGGAUCAUGUUUUUCUCUCUGGCUCUGUAAGUGAUUGAGUCGAUCGCCACGUAUUCCACAACGCACAGCAGGGCCGCUGUAAGACAAAUGAAAGAACAGUGACUUCGCUGUUGCAGCAUAUUGUCUGUCUUUAAAUGCUUUUUUGUCUUUGUUUCUCUAUUUUACCUGGAUAAAUCUGGUGAGAGUAUAUUUUUCUUUUCAACAAAUUCCAUAAAAGACUAAGAAACCACUGAAGAGAUACUUCUAACGACUAUAAUGUCUGUGCGUAGCAGAAAACUGAUGCAUUUUAUUCCUGUGUCACAGAGCUCCAUUGUCCAAAAACUAUUAGAAACACAUUAAUGGCACCAGAGUUCAUAUGAAAUCGAUUCCUUACAAACCAUACUGCUUCUGUAAAUCCUCACAAGCACACCAGAUGUAUUGAUCCACUACCAAAAAUAGACCCUGACUAUUCAUUAAUUUUGCUCAUGUUUUUGUUACAUUUACUAAAACCUACAGUGUCCAGCUGAAAUUAUUUAGCCUGUUGUAAUGCUAAAAAUGUACGUUUGUGCGCUAUUGUUUAAGUGGCAAUAGGAAAAAUAUAAAGUAACACCAACCUUAUCCUCUAAACAACAGCUAAUCCACACUAUGAUCUCACCAUUAAGGUUUUACUUAUCGUACCUCAGUCGGAGGCAUCUGUCACUUCUGUGUAUUUUUUAAGCUGAAUACUUGUGUCUUGUUUGUGUAAUAUCUAUUGCGAACUUUUCUACAAGUUUCAAAGUCUGUUUGAGUGUGUAGCGAGUGAGUCCGUGAGUGUGUGUGUGUGUGUGUCUGUUCGUUUUUGUUAGAGGUUUAUUGCAUGUUCAGAUAUCUUGAAUCAUUUCCCUGCAGAAGCAACGCUGAACCCUUUUUGGUGCCCCUGAAAGGAAUGUGUGUCUCGUUACCUGUCUACAUCACAGAGUCGGAGUGAGUUCAUGUGUGCAAAGAUGCAGCUUUAUUGGUUUGAUAAUGGCUAAAGGCCCACAAGAGCCAAUGUGCUACUUAAGUUGGAUGAAAAACUCAUUGCCUGCUUAUUGGUGUGGUGGAACCUAAAUGCAUAAAAUCUAUGUAGUGUAUGAAGCUUUAGGCAUAUGUCAUGUUUGCCUUUCUACAGGGGUAUUUAAAAACUUUACGCUGAAAUAAUCUUAUAUGUCAAAGCAUGUGAUUUGAAUCUGUCAGUUAUCAACAGAAUGACAUGCAGGUUAUCAGACUUCAGGCUUAACGCCCAUCGCCUUCCUUACUAUUAAUAGGCAGCAAUCCUCUGUCGGAAUAGUUUCACUGUAUGCAUACCAUACUGAUUAUGAGCUCAGCACUGAAACUACAUUUCUCUGACAUUUCAGAGAAACUAGUUUUAGAACAUUUUUUUUAAUAAAUCAAAAUGAAGCAUAAUAUCUUAGUCUCAUAGAAGAAGCAGAAAAUAUGAAAGAAAUGCAUCAUGACAAACUCUGUAAAGUUGGUUUAAUAAAUGCAACGGAGUAAUAAAAAUAUUAAAAGUUUUUUUUUUUUCAACUUUAUAAACUUUCAGUACCAUUCUUUCAGCUGUUCCAGGUCAUCUUUUGUGCCUCUUAAAAAAAUAUGAAAUUCCUUUCUGCUGUUGCCGAACCUGGCUUCCAGAUGCACAUUUUUUGGGCCCUGUUUCAUCCCAAGCCAGGAGGCUUAUGUUGGACCUGUCAGAGUUAAAAAAGUAAACACAUGUUGUGCACACACAGAGCCUGCAGCAUAUGCUAUGUCUGUUCUGAUGUGGGGAUAACAUUGUAACACUCAUUUCUGUUCUAGAAACCACAUGCGACAGUGCUUCUCACCUCUCUUUUAAGCUUUAGUCAUAUUCAGGUUUGGUCAAAUCACAUGUCCUCUUCUUUAAAAGGCUGUGUGCAUGUUGUGAGAAAUUAUGUCUGCAUUCACCCGUGCGUUAGAUGUUAAAUUCCACAAUCAGCAAGUUUGAGACCUAGUUCCCAAACAUGCACCUCUGAAACCCUUUCCGUCCCUCUGAACAGUAACGGUUUGCGUGUGUGUUAUUGCUUGUCUGCAGAUAUCGGUCAGGCGAGUUCUUGUGUGUUCAGAAAAAGAGUGUGAGUGUACAAGCUGUGGCUGUGGUGAGAUGUUGAGACGGGGUGGCUUAGCGGCUGUGUCUGUUAAGAUCUGCUGACAAGUGAGUAAUAAGUGGUAGAGGUGUAAAGGAUACAGUCUCCACCUUCACAAAGGUCACACACAUCAAAAGUUCUGGACAUAACCCUAAAACCCUGCCUUUUCACUUAAGUGUUGCUGUGGAACCUACGUGCCUUAAAUGUGAUAAAUGUGAUGUAAAUGUGUAAAAUGUACCAAUUUUAAUUUCACUUCAAUGUACUUAAAAUGAAAGCUGCAAAAUAGGAAUUCCAACUCACUCUUUAUUAAAAACAUUUGAAUAACA